AUGUUUCUACAAUUGACUCCAGUGACAAACAUAGAUGUUAAAGAAGCACUCAUGGAUAUCAUUAAAGCAUCCAUUGAUAAUAAUGCUAGGUUUAAAGAGUUAGAAAAUGAUGAUAGAGAGUAUGAUGAAAGUUAUCGGAGGAAUAAAGAAAGAUUUCUGGAGCAUGAAGAAAGAUUGUGGAAGUAUGUAAAAAGAACGGACCCAAAAAGACAAAAAUUUCAAUCUAAAUGUAUUCAAAUCAGCAAGGAAAUUCUUGAUGAGAAUCCAAUAGUUAUACCCAAUAACCAAGAAAAAGUCAUUGAAGAAAUUGUUAACAAUUACUACAAUCUGAAAAUGAAAAGCACUGGGAAGCAUCAAAGUGAAAAGAAAGCCAUCAUUGGUCAAAUGAGAAUCAAGGUUACAACUGAUAUUAUCACAUUGACAAGACAUGUUCUUGAUGAACAACGUAAAUAUAAAGAUGCAAGUGGAGAUUUGACCACCCUGUUAAAUGCAAUUCAACUUGGUUGUAAAUUUGUAGCUACUAACGUUAGAAAAGCUAGACUUUUAAAUUUAGUUGGACUUGCAGGUGGUGCAACAAAUAUUUCGGGCGAUGAACAAAAAAAAUUAGAUGUGAUUUCCAAUGAGAUUUUUGUUAAUGCACUUUGCUCAUCCGGUAAAGUUGCUGUGAUGGUUUCGGAAGAGGAUGAACAAGCAAUUAUCGUCGAGGAAGGAUUACGUGGAAAAUAUUGCGUUGUUUUUGAUCCACUAGAUGGAUCUUCUAAUAUUGAUGCUGGUGUAAACGUUGGUACAAUUUUUGGUAUUUAUAAAAUGUGUGAAGGAUCUACCGGAAGUAUUUCAGAUGUUCUUAGGCCAGGUUCUGACAUGGUUAUUGCUGGUUAUUGUAUGUAUGGUAGUUCUGCUAAUAUGGUCAUUACACUUGGUAACGGAGUUAAUGGUUAUACACUUGAUAAUGCGAUUGGAGAAUUUAUCCUUACUCAUCCUAAUAUCAGAAUUCCAUCUCGUGGAAAGAUAUAUUCAGUAAAUGAGGGAAAUGAAAAAUAUUGGUAUGAACCAUGUAAGAAAUAUUUCAAUUCACUCAAAUAUCCACCAGAAGGUAAAAAUCCUUACUCAGCUCGUUACAUUGGUUCAAUGGUUGCCGAUGUUCAUCGUACACUGUUAUAUGGUGGAAUUUUUGCAUACCCAGCUGACAAAAAAUCAAAAAAUGGUAAACUUCGUAUCUUAAGAUUAAGAUCAGGUACAACAUGCUUAUCACCUAAAGCAAUUAGUGAUAUUAUUACUGCCAAGAGUAUGGCAAAUGCAUUACCAAUUCUAGCUAUAAAAUAUGUGUUUUAA